AAAAACAAAAACACCAUGUCCUCUCAGUCAAAUUUUCUCCCUCUUUCCCCUACACUUCCAAGCAUUCUGCCACUACCUUUCUUGUCCUUCAAGAGUGUCUGGUCAUUCGGGGUUAAAGACAAACGAGUUAACUUUGAUUUCCGCUUGGGAUGCAGUGCUAUAUCCAAACCUCGAACUCAAGAAUACAUAAAUAUUUUUCAAAAUGGCAUCUCAGUCGUAAAGUGGCAUGAAAUUGUGGAGGAUGACGUAAAGACGGAGAAUAAAGCUCUUAAGGUUUCUACACCAAAUAACAUAAAGGAACGUGUCAAUUCCAUCAAAUCAAUGUUGGACUCCAUGGGAGAUGGAGAAAUAAGCAUUUCAGCUUAUGACACGGCAUGGGUUGCUCUAGUUGAAGAUAUUCAUGGAAGUGGGCUUCCUCAAUUCCCAUCCAGUCUUAAGUGGAUUGCCAACAAUCAGCUUCACGAUGGUUCUUGGGGUGAUAGUGAAAUUUUUUUUGCUUAUGAUCGAAUAAUCAACACCUUAGCUUGUGUUAUUGCACUAAAGUCAUGGAAUAGUCAUCCUGAAAAGUACCAAAAAGGAAUUACAUUCUUAAAAGAAAACAUAUGCAAGCUAGAGUAUGAGAAUGCUGAGCACAUGCCAAUAGGCUUUGAAGUUGCUUUCCCUUCACUUCUGGACAUAGCUAGAAAUUUAAACAUUGAAGUAGUACCUCCUGAUUUACCUGUCUUGCAAGAGAUAUAUGCCAAGAGAAAUAUAAAGCUCUCAAGGAUACCAAGGGACAUUAUGCACAAAGUGCCCACAACACUACUCCAUAGCUUGGAGGGGAUGCAAGGAUUGGACUGGGAAAAGCUUCUUAAACUGCAGUCCCAAGAUGGGUCAUUCUUGUUCUCUCCAUCAUCCACUGCCUUUGCACUCAUGCAAACUAAAGAUGAAAAUUGCCUCAGAUAUUUAAACAAAGCGAUCCACAGGUUCAAUGGGGGAGUACCAAACGUGUAUCCGGUAGACUUGUUUGAACAUCUUUGGACUGUGGAUCGGUUGCAACGCCUAGGAAUUUCAAGAUAUUUUCAGCCAGAGAUGAAGGAAUGUAUUAAUUAUGUUUCCAGAUAUUGGAAUGACAAAGGAAUUUGUUGGGCAAGAAAUUCUGAGGUUCGUGAUAUUGAUGACACUGCCAUGGGAUUCAGGUUACUAAGAUUGUAUGGUCAUGAGGUAUCAGCGGAUGUGUUUAAGCAUUUUGAGAAAGGUGGUGAGUUCUUUUGCUUUGCCGGGCAGUCAACACAGGCUGUGACAGGAAUGUAUAACCUGUACAGAGCUUCACAAGUGCUCUUUCCAGGAGAGAAGGUCCUUGAGGAUGCAAAGAAAUUCUCAUCAAACUUCUUAAGAGAAAAACAAGUUGGUAAUGAGCUCUUUGACAAAUGGAUCAUAACGAAAGACUUACCUGGUGAGGUGGGUUACGCACUACAACUUCCAUGGUAUGCAAGCUUACCUCGUGUAGAGACGAGAUUCUACAUAGAGCAGUAUGGUGGUGAAGAUGAUGUUUGGAUUGGCAAGACCCUUUACAGGAUGUCGAAAGUCAACAAUGAAACCUAUCUGGAGGUAGCAAAACUAGACUACAACAAUUGCCAAGCCUUGCAUAGGAUGGAAUGGGACGGUAUUCAACAGUGGUACUCAGAAUGCAAUCUUGGAGAGUUUGGAUUAAGCAGAAGAACCCUUCUCUUUGCUUAUUUUCUAGCCUCAUCCAGUAUUUUCGAGCCAAAAAGGUCCAUAGAAAGACUUGCAUGGACUAAAACCACAGCCUUGGUUGAAGCAAUCACAUAUUAUUUUGAUGAAAAGGAAAUGAGAAGAGACUUCCUACAAGAAUUCAGAAACUACAGUAAUACACGAGACUGCAUAAACAGAAGGGGAUCGAAUACAAACAAGACAUGUCAAGGACUUAUCGAGACCUUACUUGAUACCAUAAACCAUCUCUCAUUGGAGGCACUUGUGACACAUGGUCAAGAUAUUAGCCGCCAUUUACAUCUAGCAUGGGAAAAGUGGAUCCUGAAGUGGCAUAUUGAAGGUGAUAGGCAGCAAGGAGAGGCAGAGCUAUUGGUACAUAUCAUAAAUCUCACAGCUGGCCGUUUGUUUUCGGAGGAACUAAUGUCUCAUCCUCAAUAUAAACCACUAUCUGACCUCAUUAACAAAAUAUAUUGUCAACUUUGUUCUUACCAAAAGCACAAGGUAUACAAUGUCAAGGGCAGCAACACUUCAUGUUCUGACAACAUCACUACCCCAGAAAUAGAAUCGGACAUGCAAGGACUUGUGCAAUUGGUACUGCAGAACUCCUCAAAUGAUAUUGAUUCUGAUAUCAAGCAAACGUUUCUCACAGUAGCCAACAGUUUAUAUUAUGCAGCCUACUGUGAUCAUGAGACUAUCAACUUCCAUAUUGCUCGAGUACUAUUUGAAAGAAUAGUUUGAAAAAACAGUACUUUGAAUUAUCUGUGUAAAUAAAUGCCAUUAUUUAUGAAGCAUAUUCGAUUCUCUCCA